AUGGAGGAGAGUACUCUUUUCGGGGAAGACCUGCCACUCCCACCGGCCCGACUUUUUGAACGAUUAAGCCAGCUACCUGGCUAUACCUGGGAUCAAGCGACCGAACCGUUUCACUCGACAUACAACCACUGGCAUAUCUCAGGAUAUCGCCAUGCCCUGGAGCCAGAUAUCUCAACUCCUCUCGCGAAUUCCUCUGGUCCCGCCUCCUCCGGGCCGUCGAGCCUCACACGCUUCUCCCCGCGCACAGAAGCCCGACCAUCCGCCCGUGCUUUGCGAAGAUUGAGCACUAGCGAAACUAGCAGCGAGAUCUCACUUUCGAACCACCAUAGCCAGGAAGCAGAGCAAAUAUGGGUUCCCGUCAUAGCGCGAAUUUCUACCAACAUCAUUCGACUCGAGCGGGAGUUCCAUAUGCUCAGGUCCAUUGUACAAUCGUCAGAUCCGGAUUGCAAUCACACAAUACGCCCAAUCGAUUUGAUCAGGCUGCAGUCAGAUGACGGACAUUCGAGACCGCUUUUAGUCGCGAUCUUUGAGUCCCCAGGCCACGACAGGUUGCGAGACCUGGUCACAUUUGGCCCUGCCUCAUUUGUAGCAGGGUCCAGAGGCGAAGAUAACAAUGCCACUCCCAGCGAGCAGGUCUCCUUGCAAGCCUUUUUCGAUUUUGCAAUCGGCGCAUGCGAUUGCCUGGAGAUUCUGCAUUAUGGUCUUAAGACAGUGCACGGCGAAAUUCGAGGUGAUGCGUUCCAUUUUUGUGCUGAAACCGGUGCAGUGAAGCUUGCAAACACUGGAAAUGGUGCUAGGUCAUUUGAUAAUGUUCUCAGCGAGGGAUGGUCAUCUGUCUCGCGUGAGCUUGGAGCCAAGUACAAGCUGCAAUUCAUUGCCCCAGAGCAGACUGGAAGGAUGCCCACAGAGCCGGAUAGCCGCACUGAUAUAUACGCGCUCGGUCUCUUUUUCUGGUCUAUGCUGGUGGGAAAGCUACCGUUUGAAGGAAACGACCCUGUUGAUGUCGUGCAAAAUGUGCUGGGAAAGAGAUUGGUGCCAGUGUCUGGGAAACGAAUGGAUAUCCCAGAUGCUCUUUCGGCCGUGGUCCAAAAAAUGACACAAAAGGUGGUUCAUGAUCGUUAUCACACAAUUUCGUCCGUGAAGAGAGACCUGUCACGUAUUGCCAAAUUGCUUGGUGAUGGUGACAGCGAAGCAUUGAGCAAUUUCCAGGUUGCGCAAGGAGACGUGUCUUCCUUUUUCACUCUUCCAACACAAAUGUUUGGGCGGCAAAAUGAAUACAAUAAGAUCAUUAAGAUCAUCGAAAAGGUCAAUAAGCGACAGGCGUCCGCAUUGGCCAAAGCUGGCACUCAAAGUCCUGGUACAAUGCACGCGCUCACCUCGGCUUCGUCCAUCGCCGAAAGCCGCGUUGAAAGCCUUGAAUUUGCUUCUGUCUCGAGUGAUUCCGAUUCUUUCCAUCUACCUCCUCGAUCCUCUUCUAAUGCCACAAGCCUGCAUCUCACUCAUGUAAGCACACAUGAGUCUGUUGCGGGUAGCGACACAUCGUUCUCCACCCCAAGAUACGGGAGCACAAUUGUCCCCGAACCCUAUGGUCAAAGUCCAAGAACAAAUUCCAGCCGAAUGAAGAGCCCUUCACAUUCCCGGUCUUCUGCAACCACAGAUCGCGAGAGUUAUCCGUCCAUGGGCCCCAAUGGCCAACCAUCAACACAACAUGCUGUUAGUCAAUCGGGAUCGUUCCAUUCCCUGAGUAAACAAAAGGUUAGUUCGAAGACUCGUCGCAGCGAUCGUUGCGAAGUGAUCACCAUCAGCGGUCCCGCCGGCAUCGGAAAGACGGAUCUCUUAAACCGGAUACAGCCCACAAUUCGCAAAGUGGGAUGCAUCGCCAUUACUCGCCUGGAUAGAGCCAAACGGGUUCCAUUCGAACCCUUUGCCAAACUAUUAGCGAGCCUUCUGCGCCAAAUUUUCUCUGAACGGGAUGUCACGACGGAUUAUCACAACAGUGUUCGGAUGGCAUUGCGACCAAUGUGGCCUACUUUGCACAGAGUUCUGGAUCUUCCUGAGCAGCUGAUGUCUCCUGGAGCCAAAUACAGACCGACUGAAGCGAAAACCAAUCCUCUCGUUCCAGACAAGGGCGAGCCGUCCAAGCACGUCAACAUCCCAGGGCUGGAUCAAGGCCAGACUUCCCUCGACUUCUUUCUGGCAAAUGCUGCCUCGAAAAACAUGCGGCUCAUGGAGACAUUCCUUGAAAUCUUGCGAACAUUGUCUACGUUCAAACUGAUCACUGUGUGUCUAGAUGAUCUCGAACAUGCAGAUGAUGAAACUUUGGAUUUGGUCUUGAAAAUCAUCAAAGCGAAGCUACCCUGUGUGCUCAUCCUUUCGAGUCGCAAAGACGAGAUUGCGUCGGACCAAGUGAGAUCGCUGUUUGUGGACGACCUGCCAACUGUCACACGAAUCGCAUUGGAACCACUUGAAGAGCAGCAUGUUAUGGAAAUUGUAGCAGUGACUAUGCACCAGCAACCUAACCAAACAUUGACGCCACUGUGUGCGGUUGUUCAGGAGAAGAGUCGAGGAAAUCCCUUCUACGUGCGAGUGAUGCUUGAAACGUGCUACAGAACCAAUUGCAUCUGGUAUUCAUGGAAGGACUCAAAGUGGCUAUUUGAUCUUGAUCGGAUCUUCACAGAGUUCGUGGCUCCUGUGUACGGCGAAGGGCUUGGGCUUGGAUUUCUUACCAAGCGUCUUCAGGAUAUUCCGACAGCUGCUCGAUCCAUCAUGGUCUGGGGAGCUCUGCUUGGUAGUCCGUUCUCAUUCUCCUUGGUGCAAAAGAUUCUGAUGAGUGAAUUCCUCUACUCGAGCAAUGAUGACGAGGAUGUGGAUAUCACAUCACCGCAAAAUGUCACACUCGUCAGACAAUCAGAAGGUGAUAUUGUCGUUGGAUUGCAAUUUUUGGUUCAGGCAAAUCUUCUGAACACAGGAAAGACCGACGACGAGUUCAAGUUUGGCAAUGAACGGCUUGCGCAUGCUGCUAUGUCAUUGAAUGAGAGUCGAAACGUGGAACAAAUGCAUUUCAUCGUUUCACAAGCGUUGAUGAAAUACUAUCACGACCAUCGCAGUCGCUAUUCGAUGGCUCAUCAUGUGGCGCUCGCAUCGCGGACGAUCAAGUCUCGUGUUAGUAAACGACUGGAAUAUCGGCAGAUUUUGUGGGAUGCUGGGCAAACCGCUUUCCAAUCUGGCGCGCGACCCACUGCGCUCUGGUACUUCCGUCACUGCAUCGCUUUGCUUCAGGAUGAUUUGUGGAACGAUCUCAAACCCGACGUUUAUUACGAUGAAACUAUGCGUCUAUUUAUUGCGACUGCCGAGAUGGAGUGGUCCCAAGGCCAGAACGAAGAAGCCCUCCGGCUGAUCAACGAGGUCUUUGUUCAUGGCAAGGAUGCUGUGAGCAAGUCCAGAGCAUGGAUUAUUAAAGCAAAAAUCUUUGCUCAGAUAGGCGAUCAUCAUCGCUCGAUGGAAUCAUUACUCACCUGUCUUGAUGAGCUUGGUGUGCAUCUUCGCAAGCCUACAACCUACGAAGAGUGCGAUGCUGCCUAUCUUCGCCUCAAAAGCUAUCUUGAGACUGCCGAUCUCGCUUCAGUCGCCCAGAAACCAAUCUCCAAAGACCCUGCUAUUGUGACUAUUGGCGCAGUCAUGGCGGAGGCGAUGACAGUUACUUACUGGGACGAUGCAUUGACAUUUUACCGCAUGGCGCUUGAAGUAAUGAACAUUCAUAUCUUCCAGGGUGGGUUCACACAAAUCGCAAUAGGCUGUUCUCAUCUUGCCAUGAUUUCCAUGAGUCGAUUCAAAGAUAUUGAAUUUGGCGCAAGACUCAGCGACCUUUCAUUGGAACUCCUUGAGCACUGCCCAGAGUUGUGGACUCAAAGCAGAGGUUCGAUCGUCCAUAAUCUCUACGUCAGCCACUUGCGCGUUCCUAUGGCAUCAACACUGCCGGCGUUGGAAGCCUCGCUUGAAGCAUCUUUCUCAAUGGGUGAUCCGUAUUUGACCUUGAUCAGUAUAUCAUCAAUGGCUACGACCCGGCUCUCUCUGGGUCAAGACAUGGCGCAGCUGGAAACAUUUUGUGUGGAGACUCCCGAAGAAAUUCCGAUGUGGCAACAAGAUACACGCGGUGGGGCUAGUCUCAUUGCAGUCCAGCAGGUUGCACGCGCUCUUCAAGGCAAGACUGACUUCAGAUCUGCCGACGGUAUCAUGUCGGAUGCGAACCACAACUCAAGCGAUUAUAUGAUGCAUCUGGAUGUCAAUUCAAGUAACGCAGACAGACCCCGCGACAUAUACUGGGGCCUCGCCAUGAUUCCAAUGUUCCUAUUCGGCCAUCACACCCGCGCUAUCCAGGUUGGAACUCAACUGUUGUUCACAAGACAUCGGCUUUGGUCUGCCCGCGUCUCAUACGUGAUUUAUUUCUACCUCGCAGCCUCGCUGCUCACUCUUCAUAACGACAAUCCCGCCCAAGGAUAUCUCGACGGCAAGAUGGAGACUAUUCUUGAAUACAAGGCCGAGAUUGAAUUUGCCCGAGAUGCGUCGGAAGCAAACUAUGGUAUGUGGGCUCUCAUCUUAGAAGCCCUGAUUUCUGAGGUGCGCAAUGACCAUAGCGCUUCCAUCCAGAACUACGAGGCUGCGAUUGAUCAUUGCCAAAUUCAUGGUUGGCCCCUUGAGGAAGCCUUGGCCCUCGAGCUGCAGGGUGAGUUUUUGGUUAGGCGCGGAGCAAAGAGAGCCGCUCGAGCUGUGAUCCAAGAGGCCCUCGGUGCAUGGUGCGCCAUUGGUGCCGGUGGUAAAUCAACGCAACUCGCCGAGAAGCAUGAAUGGCUACUCAAGACAGCAACAUCGGCAAAGACUGUUGACGUUGGGUGUCAGACUAUCGAUUCACUUCUUGAGAUCAGCCGUGAAGUUGUGCAAGAAGAGAUCUUGAUUCCUCAGCAGAUGGAAGAGGAUGAAAGGAGACAGCAGUGGAUUGAACAGAAUGGCGUUACUGCCGGGGAGCGAUCCAUGGAUAUAUCCAGUGUGGGACUGGACAUCAUUGACUUGUCCAGCAUUCUUGAGUCGAGCCAAGUCAUGUCAUCUGAACUUCAAAUUGAGAAGCUUUUCACGAAAAUGCUUGAGAUUAUUUUGGAGUCCUGCAAUGGUUCUGAUUUCGCCAUCAUCGCUACCGAUUUCGACGACAAUGGCUUCGCAAUUGCGGCAGCAGGUGAUGCUGAAAGGGGGCAAAAGUCUUUCCCCGAAGGUCUUCCUUUCGCAGAAAUGGAAGAUCGUAUGGCUUUGCAUAUCUCAGAUUAUGUCAUGCGCACAAAGGAGGAAGUUCUUGUUCACAAUGUUCUCGAAGAUGAACGGUUUUCUAACGUCAGCGAGACCUAUCUGGCGAAUUUCCCUGUUGGUCGGUCUGUUAUCGCAUUGCCGGUCGUACAAGGAGACCGACUGCUUGGAGUGAUUCACUUGGAAGGGAAGCCUAACUGGUUCACACAACGCAACGUUGUGGUAUUACAUUUGCUCUGCAACCAGAUUGGCAUUUCGUUGUCCAACGCGCUCCUCUUCCGCGAGAUUCGCAAAGUCAGCGCCAAGAAUGCUUCCAUGAUUGAGUCUCAAAAACGUGCGCUGGCACUCGCCCGCGAGGCUGAACAAAAGGCAAAGAAUGCCGAGGCUGAAGCCAAGCAUAAUGUGAAACUCAAGGAAGAUGCAGCAAGGGCCAAGUCAAUCUUCCUUGCCAACAUCUCCCAUGAUUUGCGUACCCCGAUGAACGGUGUGAUCGGUCUGUCAGAACUACUCAAAGGCACCCCACUCGAUAAAGAACAGGAUGAAUACGUUGAAUCGAUUCGUGUGUGCGCCGAUACAUUGCUCACGCUAAUCAACGACAUAUUGGAUUUCUCAAAGCUCGAGGCCGGCAAAAUGAAGAUCUCUACGGUUCCACUUAAUUUGAGAGAAACUAUCUCAGAAGUCAUCCGAGCUUUGCGAUACACACAUCGUGAUAGAGGUCUGGAGACCAUCGAGAAUCUUGACAAAGUCUCACCGGAACUUGUUGUUCUUGGCGAUCCUGUUCGUUUGCACCAGAUUUUCAUGAAUCUUCUCAGCAACAGUUACAAAUUCACCCCGUCCGGAUCAGUAACAGUCAAAGCGAAGGUUGUACGUGAGAGCAAAGGUCGCGUCCGCCUCGAAUGCUCCGUCACGGAUACUGGCAUCGGUAUUCCAGACGAACAAAAGGCACGCCUCUUCCGCCCAUUCUCACAGGCUGAUCCAUCCACAGAAAGAUCAUACGGUGGAAGUGGCCUUGGCCUAUCAAUUUGUAAAGCCAUUAUUGAGGAUGUCCUCGGGGGAGCUAUCUGGCUUGAAUCGAAGUCUGGAGUGGGAACGACUGUGACGUUCCACCUGGUCUUCAACAAAGCCCCCAAGAAGACGACCGUGAAGACCGCAUGGUCACAAGAUCUGAGCCAUGCAGAGAAGGAAGUCCGCCGGUCCUCAGCGCGCGACCUCACUCAAAUCCCCCGCGACCAGAUCCGCGUGUGCAUCGCCGAAGACAACCCAAUCAAUCAAAAGAUUGCAGUGAAGUUCGUCACCGGCCUCGGUCUCCAAUGCGAAGCAUACAGCGACGGCAAACAAGCUGUCGAUGCGCUACGCGCACGAUCACAAGAAGGAAACCCAUUCCAUGUAGUCCUUAUGGACGUGAUGAUGCCCAAUCUCGACGGAUACAACGCCACCCGCGAGCUUCGCCGCGAUCCCGAUCCAAACGUCAACGAAGUCCUAGUCAUUGCCAUGACCGCUAGUGCCAUCGAAGGCGAUCGCGAGAAAUGCCUCGAGGCUGGUAUGAACAAUUACCUUCCGAAACCGGUUCGCUCGCCCAUCUUGAGCGAACUGUUGGACAAAUAUCUCGCCCCCGUGCCAUCGUAUCCCAAGUCUCGUCUUGCUAUUCGGGAAAAGCGUUCCAGAGCAAGUAUUGAUGCGGGCGCUGGCACACCUACCAGUUUGUCUUCUUCGGGCGCUGAUGAGCCGAAGCCAUUGUCACUGGAAAAGAAAUGA